CGCCGCCCGCCCCCGGCCCUGCCCCCGGCGCCGCCGCCCGCCCCGCGCGGAGCGGAGCGGAGCGGAGCGGCCCCGGCGGCGGAGCAUGGCGGGCGCGGGGGGCCCGGCGGCGCCGCCCUGGUACCACCGCGACCUGAGCCGCGCCGCCGCCGAGGAGCUGCUGGCCCGCGCCGGGCGCGACGGCAGCUUCCUGGUGCGCGACAGCGAGAGCGUCGCCGGCGCCUACGCGCUCUGCGUGCUGUUUCAGAAGCACGUGCACACCUACCGCAUCCUGCCCGACGAGGAGGAGUUCCUGGCCGUGCAGACCUCGCAGGGCGUGCAGGUGAGACGCUUCAAGACCCUCGGCGAGCUCGUCGCGCUCUACCUGCAGCCCGGCCAGGGGCUGGUCUGCACCCUGCUCUUCCCCGUGGAGAGGGAGAAGGAGAAGGAGAGCGCCGAGGACAGGGACUACUCGGAUGGAGAGGACGAGAAGCCCCCGCUGCCGCCCCGCUGCGGCUCCAGCAGCUUCCCGGGCGGCUCCGCGGGGCUCAGCCCCACCGCGCCGGGGCCGGGGCCAGCCGUGCCGGACGGCGCGGCCGAGAGCACCAACGGCCUCAGCAGCGUUUCGCACGAGUACCUGAAGGGCAGCUACACGCUGGACCUGGAGGCGGUGCGAGGGGGGGCCAGCAGCCUGCCCCACCUCAACAAGACCCUCGUCGCCUCCUGCAAGCGGCUGCACAGCGAGGUGGACAAGGUGCUGUCGGGGCUGGAGAUCCUCUCCAAGGUGUUCGACCAGCAGAGCUCGCCCAUGGUCUCCAAGAUCCUGCAGCAGACGCCGGCGCAGAGCGGGGAGCAGGAGCUGGAGAGCCUGGUGCUGAAGCUGUCCGUGCUCAAGGAUUUCCUCUCCAGCAUCGAGAAGAAGGCCUUGAAAGCCCUCCAAGAAAUGAGCUGCACGGCGCAGGCCGCCCCGGCGCAGCCGCCGUCGCGCAAGGCCAAGAGCAUCCCCGUGCAGACCUUCGAGGUGAAGCUGGACGUCACGCUGGGGGACCUGACCAAGAUCGGCAAGUCGCAGAAGUACACGCUGAGCGUGGACGUGGAGGGGGGCAAGCUGGUGGUGCUGAAGAAGCAGAAGGACUCGCAGGAGGACUGGAACACCUUCACCCACGACAAGAUCCGGCAGCUGAUCAAGUCGCAGCGGGUGCAGAACAAGCUGGGCAUCGUCUUCGAGAAGGAGAAGGAUAAAACGCAGCGGAAGGACUUCAUCUUCGUCAGCGCCCGGAAGCGGGAGGCCUUCUGCCAGCUGCUGCAGCUGAUGAAGAACAGGCACUCGCACCAGGACGAGCCCGACAUGAUCUCCAUCUUCAUCGGCACCUGGAACAUGGGGCCUGGGCAAGACGCUGGACGAGGCGACAGUCGCCAUCCCCCACGACAUCUACGUCUUCGGCACCCAGGAGAACUCCCUGGGGGACAAGGAGUGGGUGGACUUCCUCCGCGCCGUGCUGAAGGACUUCACGGAGACCGAGUACCGCCCGGUGGCCAUGCAGUCCCUGUGGAACAUCAAGAUCGCGGUGCUGGUGAAGCCCGAGCACGAGAACCGCAUCAGCCACGUGAGCACCUCCAGCGUGAAGACGGGCAUCGCCAACACCCUGGGGAACAAGGGGGCCGUGGGCGUCUCCUUCAUGUUCAACGGCACCUCCUUCGGCUUCGUCAACUGCCACCUCACCUCGGGCAACGAGAAGACGGCCAGGAGGAACCAGAACUACCUGGACAUCCUGCGCCUGCUCUCCCUGGGCGACAAGCAGCUGAGCUCCUUCGACAUCUCCCUCCGCUUCACCCACCUCUUCUGGUUCGGGGACCUCAACUACCGCCUCGACAUGGACAUCCAGGAGAUCCUCAACUACAUCAGCCGCAAGGAGUUCGAGCCGCUGCUCAAGGUGGAUCAGCUCAACCUGGAGAAGGAGAAGCACAAGGUCUUCCUGCGAUUCGGCGAAGAGGAAAUCACCUUCCCGCCCACGUACCGCUACGAGCGGGGGUCCCGGGACACCUACGUCUGGCACAAGCAGAAGCCCACGGGGGUCCGCACCAACGUGCCGUCGUGGUGCGACCGCAUCCUCUGGAAGUCCUACCCGGAGACGCACGUCAACUGCAACUCCUACGGCUGCACGGACGACAUCAUGAGCAGCGACCACUCCCCGGUCUUCGGCUCCUUCGAGGUCGGAGUGACGUCGCAGUUCGUCUCCAAGAAAGGGCUCUCCAAGUCCUCGGACCAGGCCUACAUCGAGUUCGAGAGCAUCGAAGCCAUCGUGAAGACGGCCAGCCGGACCAAGUUCUUCAUCGAGUUUUACUCCACCUGCCUGGAAGAGUUCAAGAAGAGCUUCGAGAACGACAGCCAGAGCAGCGACAACAUCAACUUCUUGAAGGUGCAGUGGUCGUCGCGGCAGCUGCCCACGCUGAAGCCGAUCCUCUCCGAGAUCGAGUACCUGCAGGACCAGCACCUCCUGCUCACCGUCAAGUCCCUCGACGGCUACGAGUCGUACGGCGAGUGCGUCAUCGCCCUCAAGUCCAUGAUCGGCAGCACGGCGCAGCAGUUCCUCACCUACCUGUCGCACCGCGGCGAGGAGACGGGCAACAUCCGCGGCUCCAUGAAGGUCCGGGUGCCCGCCGAGCGCAUGGGCACCCGCGAGCGGCUCUACGAGUGGAUCAGCGUCGACAAGGACGAGACGGGAGCCGGCAAGGGGAAGCUGCCGCUGGGCUCGCGCGCCAGCCCGGACUACGUCAAGCCCGCGGGGAGGAAGCACGCGGCGGGGGGGGAGCCGGCCGCCUGCCCGCUGGGCAAGCUCGUGGACGAGCCCGAGAAAGGCGGCGCCUCGCCGGCCGGCCGCCCGGCCGCCCUGCACCGCGGCACCUCCAAGGACGAGGCCGCCCCGAGCCGGCCCAAGGCGGAGGGGGUGCCGGAGGCGCCGGGAGCCCCCCCGAAGAACAGCUUCAACAACCCGGCGUACUACGUGCUGGAGGGGGUGCCGCACCCGCUGCCGCCGCCCGAGACCCCCGGCCCGCCGCCCCCCGGCAAGCCGCCCCCCCCCAGGGCCAAGGCGCAGCUGGCGGCACCCGAGCGGCGCCAGCGCCCCUCGACCGGGCCGCCCCCCCCGGGCCGCGACGCCUCCUCCGACGAGGACGCCGGGGCCCUCGACCUGCCGCCGCCCGACUUCCCCCCGCCGCCGCUGCCCCGCGCCGCCGCCGAGCCCGAGCCGCCCGCCGAGCCGCCCAAGCUGCACCCCCGGCCCCCCCUGCCCGCCGCCUUCGUGCUGGAGGCGCCCGCCGGGGCCCAGGCGUCCGGGGGGCUGCGGGACGACCGCUCCUGCUCGGUGCUGCAGAUGGCCAAGACGCUGAGCGAGGUGGAGUACGGCGGCGGUGGGGGGGGGCGGGCGCCCGCCCCGCCGCUGCCCAAGGGGCGCCUGGAGCUGCCGCCGCGCUGCCUGCACCCCGACUACGGCCGCCCCCUCGCCUUCCCCCCGCACCCCAUCCGCGAGAGCAUCGAGGAGGACCUGGCCGAGGAGGCGCUGUGCCAGGCGGGCCGCGGCGGCCCCGGCGAGUCCAGCGUGGGCGAGUGGCUGCGGGCGCUCGGGCUGGAGCGGUACGAGCCGGGGCUGGUGCACAACGGCUGGGACGACCUGGAGUUCCUCAGCGACAUCACGGAGGAGGACCUGGAGGAGGCCGGCGUGCUCGACCCCGGCCACAAGCGCGUCCUCCUGGAGAGCCUGCAGCUCAGGAAAUAGCCGGCCCCCAUCGCGCCCCCCCGGCAGCCCCCCAUCACCAGCACCCCCCGGGGGCAGCAGGGUCCUGGUCAGACGGUUUCACGGGGGGGUCCCAGCGCUGGGGCCUCCCCCCGGUUAAGUUAUUUCUUAUUUAUUGAGAGAAGGGAAGCGCGCUCGCCUCGCCGGGUUUGGUUGGGGGGGGGUCAGCUGCCGUCCAGCGGGGGGGUCCUGGGGCAAGCGCCCCACGGCCGGACCCUGGCCCGGGUGCCCCCCGGGGACGUUGCCUUCGCCGCCGAGGAGGAGGAGGAGGAGGAGGAGGAGGAGGAGGAUGCUCCAUGCAAAGCUGUCCCAAGUGCCUUCGUGCUGCACGGCUGGGUGCCGUGGGGGACGGGGACCGGGGGCCCCCCCGGAGCCCGCGCGGGCCGCGUCCUCGGGGGCCUCCCGCCCGCGCCGGGGGCUCCGCAGCCCCCGCGGAGCAGCCGAGCAGGAUCAGUGCCUUGCCCGCGCCGCCCGUCCCGGGGUGGCCCGGUGGCUCCCGCCGGACCGGCCCCCUCCCCGGCGCCGCGCGGCCUCACCAAGUGCCCUUCUGGCUCAGCCAAACCUCAGCCCCCCCCGGUGCCCCGAGGGGUCCCGUGCCUUACCCCAGCCCCCCGGCGGCAACCGAAGCAGGAGGGCUUUGAGGGGGGGUCGCACCCCCCCCCGGCUCCCCAUGCCGGGGCCAAAUCCGAGGGCGCUUUCGGUCGGACGCGGCGUCUCCGGCCGAGAUGAAGGAUGCGCUCGGCUCACCAGCGCCGGGCCAGCCCUGGGCUCUCCCCGCGCCGCCCUCUCCCGUCGUUAGCUCGCGGGGCGUUUGGUGUGAAUUUAAUCCUACUAAAAACGCCGUUGUGUUGUGCUCUGUGUUUUUGUUUUGUUUUUUUUUUUUUUAAAUCAUGAGCUAUUUUUUUAAUGUUUAAUUUAAUUGUUAUUUGGAACUCUCUCUGUUUGCUUAAUGUUCUUUCCUGGAGGAAAAAAGAUUAAGUGUUAGGAUGAAGAACCUUCCUGAGAUGUUCACGUGUUCUCCCCCCAUGGUCCCUGUACUGAAGCAAUAAAAGCCCGUGUUUGCUUAGA